AUUCUGAAAGGAUAGCCCCUCCAUCUUCGGCGGCCACACAUUCUUCCAAUUUCCAUCUGAAAAACGUAACAAAUCGAAUGGCAACGGCAGCGGCCACCGCCGUUUUGAUGCCUCUGCGGAUUCCCUCCGCCACCUCCAGACUCGCUCGCUGCUCUAAUUUGCCUUACCUUCCACCUCGCUUAUCCACUACUUCCAUUAUACAAGUCUCAGAGUCUCGAAGGUUUUCUCUGGUUCCAAUUAGGGCCUCUUCUUCGGAAGAGUCUUCCACUUCAAUUGAUACUGAUGAGAUUUUUACAGAUUUGAAGCAAAAGUGGGAUGCACUUGAAAACAAGUCUACUGUAAUUGUUUAUGGAGGAGGAGCAAUAGUUGCUGUUUGGCUCUCAUCAAUUAUUGUCGGUGCCGUAAACUCGGUACCUCUGCUUCCGAAGAUCAUGGAGUUGGUCGGGCUUGGAUACACGGGGUGGUUUGUCUAUCGAUACCUCCUCUUCAAGUCGAGCAGAAAAGAGCUGGCUACAGAUAUUGAAGCGCUGAAGAAGAAGAUUGCUGGAACUGAAUAGAUCUGUGUUCUUGAUGUCGUAUAUAAUUACUAUUUCUAAUCGUCAUUUUGUUUCGAUCCUUGGCAUCCUAUGCAAGAGAGUAUAUGUACCUGUUAUGUAGAAUAGGCCAUUGUCACCCCUAAACUGUAUUUUGCAUAUCUCCUGUGUCUAAUAAGAAUUGAGACCUUUAUGUGUGUGUUCAUUCA